CGGAGGGGGCGCCGCGCCUGGCCCGGGCGGGCUCUCUUGGCUCCCGCCGCCGGGGGGGGCGGAGGCGGAGCGAGGCGCGGGGAGGUCCCGGCGCCCCGGAGCCCUGCGCUGGGAGUUCAGACCCUCCCGCGGAGCUGCCAGCCCGGAGAGCGGAGCCUCUCGCCGCGUCUGCCCCGCACGCCGCCGCCUCCUCCCGCCCAUGUCGGAGCCCGCCGCCGGCUCGGAGCUCAAGCGGGCUUUGCACAGCAGCCCCGAGAGCAGCGCCCAGCAUGAGCCCCCGCAGGCCGCGCCCGUGCCCAAGAGCUACCUGGCCCUCAGCAUCUUCUCCUGCUUCUGCCCCGCGUACCCCAUCAACAUCGUGGCCUUCGUCUUCUCCAUCAUGGCUUUAAAUAGUUAUAGUCGAGGAGACAUAGAAGGAUCAAGAAGACUGGGUCGCAAUGCACUCUGGGUUGCUGUUGCAUCAAUCAUGAUUGGCCUUCUGAUUAUUGGGAUCUAUUGUGUAGUUCACUUCACAACGCAUGCUCUCUGAAGACCAGGACUGACCAUGAAGGAUUAUCAUUAUCUAAACCUCUGGGAAGGAAAUGUGUGAAGAAGAGGGGAAAAAAUCCUUCAUUCCAGACUGUUAGAUUUGACCCUCCAAGUCCCUCUCCAGAGGCAAGUUGCUGGUGGAUGAACUAAUAGUCCAAAGUUAGCACAUCAAAGUGGUGUGACCAGAUGUGCAAAGUUAUUUAUUUGAAAAAGAAUCUUGGUAUAGAGCAAUGCACGCCCUCCUAUUCUAAUGUACGGUGGGGUCUUGGGCCUUAGUGACCGACUUUACUUUCUCUCGUAUGUAGAGGGUGCCCUGAAUCCAUGGGUGUUCACUGGUUGAACUUAGUGACACAAAACCAACUGUUUACAGGACAUGAUUCAUGUCCUCAUCCUAAGCCCGGUGAAGCUAGUAGUCUGACUCCCAUUGACAUCAUGGAGCUUUGGAUUGGGCCCUGAAAGAUUUGUAUAAUAAUUUAAAAUUGCCUCAGCAUAUAAUCAUACUAAAUAACGAAUUUAUGGUCCGUUUUUAUCUGCUGUAGAAUCACCCUGAACCUGCAGUUCUUUCCUUCUGAGUCAUCCCGAGCUUUUCUGUCUUUCACCUUGGUUUUUUUUUCAAAUUCUGAAGGCUGAUUUCAAUCACUUGAUUAUGAAGGGAUUCUCUUGUCCCAUGUUGUGAGUCUAUGUGCAUUUCCUCCGAACGAUCUCUCACAUCUGUUGUCUUGUAUUGUUGAGCCACCUUGCAUUGUCCCCCCUCCUGCUUUGAAUGUGCACUAACAUAUUUUCCUCUUCCGCACUGUGUCUAUAAGCACAUUUUCUCAUAUUUUUUUCUGGCAAAGUAGGUGCAUUUUAGUCGAUGUGCAUGUCAAUCCAUUUUUUACAGUGUCUCUAGCAAAUCAGUUCAUCGGAUUGUGCCCCAUUUCAUUAGUGUUUGUGUUUAAUUCACCAACUCAUCUUGCCGCUAUGGUUUGUAUGUCAGCGCACUUAGCAAAAGACAGAUCCUGCCACCCUGGGUGACGCUGAGUAGCAUCGGACUAAUAAUACAACGGCCUGCUCGCAGAGUGAGGUACUGCUCAGUAAGAAUGGGGAUACAUCUACACAGCCCAGGGUAGAGAACCUCUCAGCCUGGGUCAACACCCUCCAGCUAGCACUAACACUAUAAAAAUAGCUGUGUAGACAACGCUUUGACGUGGCAGCUUAGGCUGGAGCUUGGAGUCGGAAGCCUAGGGAGGUGGUGGGCUUGCUGCCAGGAGCUGUGUAGAUGCAGCCUAAGGAGGGCAGGUUCUGCCUCUAAACAAAUACCAGAAUACAGGACAAUACAACUGCACUUCCUUAGCUGAAAACUUAAGAGAACAAAUUUGUUUUUUUAAGCAAAAUAAUCUGUGCCCCAGAAGGAUGACGUGCAGUAAAGAUUAACAUGGAGGGCCACAUCCUCCACUGGGGUAAGUCGUUGUAGCUCCGUUGACUUCAGUUAUUACUACAACUUCAAUUUACACUCAUUCUCCUCUCAUUCACAAUGGUGUAACUCAGGAGUGACUCCACUGAAAACAGUUGGAUUUUACCAGUAUAAAACAGGCAUAAAUGAGAAGAGAGUAAUGCCUGGAAUGAAUACAGCUACACUGUUGCAAAGGAAUAAUCUUCAGAAACCUGUGCCUGUCAAAGCAGACAUCCGGCAACAGAGUGUAUUUUCUGUGCACUGAGAUUAGGUUUUUAACAGAAUUGUACUGUGGGGUUUUUUGUUUGUUUCUGCCUUCAUGGUGGCCAAUUUCUGUUUUUUCAUUGAAGUCAGUGAUGUAAAUUCUGUUCUAAAUGACACUAGUAUAAAUCUUGAGUGAUUCCACAAAGUUGAUUGAUUCACUCAGGAUUUACACUGGUAGAAUUUGCCCAAUUAGGAGUUUGUAUGCCACUGACUUCAGUAAUCCAGGAACUGCCCCAUUCUGAGCACUUCUGAAUGAUUUUUGGAUACUGUUUCACUGAUUACAAAUGUUUUGUAGCUUGCAUUAUUAUCAGGUGUAAAAAAAUUGUCAUUGAGAGGCAGAAUAAAACUGGUUUUAACUAAUCAUGUUCA